AUGAAAAGGAUGGGUCAAGAACUUGUGGAUGAUGAAGAUGAAGAGGAUGGCUUGGUGUGGGUGAGGCUAUUGGUUAAAGAUAUUGUAAAUGGUCUUGGGGUUUUGGAGAAGGGUGAACAUGGGUUCUUUAUGGGGACGCCGGCAAAGGAAGAAGAACAAUAG